AUGGACGUAACACUCGAUGGUCAACCGGUGCUUAUAUACAACAACGAAAAAUAUGCACUCUUGACACCAACUACCUGUGAAGAGCUACCGCAGUGUGAUAAUCGAGGCGCCGAUCUACAUCCAUCCUCUGCAGAUGGUUUUGUGACAACCUACCACAAAUUGGCUUUCAAAGGAGAUGAAUGGAAAUUUGUUUUAGAGGAAUAUCGCGAAAAACUCUAUGAAACAGUUCGUAAUACCAUAUUAAAGUUGUUGGAUGUUUCGCAGGUCAGUGUGUUCGACAUCAUUUUUUCGAUGGGUUCCCUUGCUGCAGUUUUUUCCGUCCAUCAUUCUCCAGAUAUCUCUGGAAAGGAGAUUAAUAAAAAAAUUCUUGCCUACAAUUUCGAGGAUAUUUGGUUGCUUUUCUUUGAGGAAAGGAAAAAACGUACAAAUGAUCUUAAAAUAAGUAAAAAUAACGAGUUGUAUAAAUCACCAUCAUUGGAUAAAAUACAAGAUUCAUUAGGCACAACGGAUGAAUUACAGGAAGAAGGUAAUAUGGAACAGGGAACAAAAAGUGUAACAUCUGUCACUGAAGAGAGCAUGCCAGAACUAAAACCAUUACAACUUUCUACGAGUCAUGAAAUGCUUUUUCAUGGGGUGGAAUGGCGUGCUAUUCUUCAAACAAAGAAAGAAGAGCUUCUAAAGGCCUUAACUUCUGAAAUAUGUGAAGUUACAAACGCUAUCGACAAGCCACGCUGUCAACUUAACUUGGACAACCAAACGCUUUUCGUUAAAUGUACAAUAACACACCCUACAGCAACAACAAAAAACACAAUUGAUCACAUACUAUCCGAGCACGGAUAUCCAAGCGUAUGGAGUAUUUAUGAAAAAAACAAGUUAACAAGCAAACACGAAGAACACUGUAAAGUAACCAUUCUAGAGGACUGCAAAGAAGACGAUAAAUCGCAAAAAAUAUCAGUAAAAACACACUCCACGGAAACAUAUUCCACAACUCCCACAGAGGAGAAAAAAGCAGAAACAGAAAUAAUUCCUACGAGAUCUCAGCCUAAGAAAUCACCAAAGAAAAGUACUUCACAAUCUUUACCACUCAACAACGAUUCGCAAGCAUCAUCAGAAUAUAGCAAUGUUGUAACACGUCACCGUGUGCGCUUUGAUGGCGAUGUCUGGGGACUUGUAGUGAAGCACAGACGUGCGGAGCUUGAGCGGGCAUUUGACACGGACGUGUGUGAUGCUGUCGGGAUUCCC